AUGGAAUCUGAAGACAUUGUUCAUUCAACCACCGAGCCAGAAAUUGAGGAGGUUCAUGUUUCUCCCACAGCCGCUGUGGCUGAGGAACAUGAUUAUCAGAAAGAAGAUGAAACACUAUCUGCUCAAGAGGAUGAUGAUGAUGAUCUGUAUGGUGACGUAGAGUUUUUGAAGGAAAUUGACUUUACUGGGAUUAGUGAUGACAUCCCGACAAAUAUAGAAUUUGAUCUUAAUGAUGAAUAUUUCGGUCCUUUUCCCGGAAUCCCCAGUAGCUGUCUUAAUAAAUUCGAUGAAGUUGCUUCUUCAGCAACCAAGAUUAGGGAAGAAGGAAACGUUCUCAAAAAUUUUCUCUCUACAUCAAAGCCCAUGGAGGUUGCAUCAAGCCAAGGAGAUGUGACAUCAGAUAUUCCUCCCUUUGUGUCAUCCAUCUCAACAUCUGCUCUUAUUGUUCCCGAUUCAACUCAACCUCAGACCUCUCAGUCUUCUAUGGAAACAAUCACUGCAACCACUGCUUACUCUCCACCAAAACAAUUUGAUGAAGGUCCGAGUACUAUGUUUGAGACUGGUGGCUCAUCAUCCAUUCUAGAAUAUUCUCCCACCAUACCUUCAUUAGAUGAAGCUUCUAUAAGGUUGGCAAAACACCUGGCCCAACACAGUCCAACUUCCUCUCGUGGCAAAGGAAUUUCAUUUAGAGAGGAGCGCUCAGGUGAUGACAAAUCUUCCUCGCCUGAUCUUCGUGAAGAAAUUGGGAUUCUCCGUCAAGGCCUCAUUGAAAAGACAAUUCAGAUGGAUCAAAUCACGUCUUACAUUGAAGAGCUCAGAGCGAAGGAUGAAGAGAAGACCAAACAGAUUAAAGAUCUACAAAUGAGUCUUGGAUCAGUGACAGCCAGCUACUUCAAUCUCAAGAACGCUUCGUAUGACACUUUUGGAAAUAGAGUCAAGGUCCUUUUCCAACAGCCACAUGGAAUCGAUGAUCCUCCCAUAGCCCACUCACAUUCUGCAUCUGACGAUCUUCCAUUCAAUCCACCUGCUCCAAGAAAAACCACUGUUGUCAACAGAUUUGAAAAGGAGCUAGAAGGAAGCAGAGCCCGAAUAACGAUCAAAGAGGGCAAAAGAACCGUAACAGCCAACCAAAGCGAAGAUCUUCUAUUCAUGAAAAACUCAAAUGAGAAUCGCAAGGCAAAAGACCCUGUUUUGACUGUGAUGGAUUUAAAGAAAAGAAAAUUCGGUAACGAGUUUGGAGACAGGUCCAGAAUCCGAAUGUGGGCCUUUGAUCCAGAGACAAAUUUGUGGGUUGUAAAACGAAACUUAGGAACCUCUGAGUUUUACAAAAGCAGCCACGAUUUCAACUCAUGGACCAAAAUUGAUCUAGCUGAACUAUCCAGGGCCCCAUUCCACAAUCCAUCAGAAGAUCCAAGUGCUUCAAACUUCAAGAGGUUUCUUGACAAGCAAGUCAAAGAAAAUUUUCCCAAAAUGAAGACUGCAAGAGCCCUAUACCGAAAAGAUAAAGAAGUUCUUGAUCCAGAAUCAGGCGAACCCAUGAAGAUCAUUCUUUGGCCUGCUACAAAACAACAUAAAGAAAUUCAUAUCCCUCAACACUUCCAGGAGGGAUAUCUUGAUAAAAUGGAAUUUUGGGCUUAUGAUGACGAAACUGCAACUACUGCUAUUAAAUUCAAGGAUCGGGAAAAAGUUAUGAGGUUGAUCAGUGCCAAAGAUCUUCUUCGAUUCAGAGAGAGGGGUAUCCGAACUCUGUCUCAUCACCAGAUUAUUUGCAGAAAAGACGUCAUGGAGGCUGCUGCUAAAGAAUUUACUGCAAUGGUGGCUACAAUCACUAAUGGAAGGAUGUGGAUGCGCUCGAUGGGAAGAUUGGAUCUAAAGUUGUAUGAGAAGCCAAAUGAAUGA